AUAUUAUUUUCUGAAAUUAAAAUUGUUAUAUUUUUAUCAAUUAUUUGUGCUUCAGUUUUUCAUCCAGUUAUAAUACUACUAACUUUAAUUUUAUUAACAUUAUUUUUAUCAAUGGUUUUUUAUUAUUCAUAUCAAUUUUCCAUUAUAUCUAUGAUAAUAAUUUUAAUUAUUUUAGGGGGAAUAUUAAUUAUUUUUAUAUACAUAGUUAGAUUAUGUCCUAACAAAAAAAUAAAAUUUAAUAAAAAAAUUAGAGUCACUUUUACAUUUUUAUUAACACUAAUUUCAUAUAAUAUAUAUAUAAUAAAAUUAGAUUUAGUUUAUAUUAACAAAAUUUACUUAGUAAAUUUUGUUAAUAUAAUUAUUGUAAUAAUAAUUUUUCUUAUAUUAAUAUUAAUAAUUGUUGCAAAAAAUUUAAAUUGAAUUAAUGCUCCUAUUAAAAAAUUUAUUUAA